UGCUGUCCUGAAGGUGCUGACAGCACAGAGAGCCAGCAAACCGCUUACUGAGCGUUGCAAUUAAACGGGCUCUGCGUUUCAGUUGAUUCUUGUCAGAUCUGCUCAUUGCUCGACUUGCUAAAUAAGUGCAAAAGCAGCACGGAUUUCUCUGUGUUUCACAGACCUCACGGACGUUUUAUCAUUCGUUUGCUUAUUUUGCUCCGGAAAGUAUUUAAUGCAAGGACGUAUUCUGUGAUCAGAGAGGGACUUCGACUUCAGUAGACAUGUGUAUGAGAAGAGACUACCAAUUACACGUCAUCGUUACGGUGCUGGUUCUCGCUGCUGCGGUGACAAACACACAUGGACAAGAGAAUGUCAAUGCUGUGGGCCAGAGGAGAGUGGAGUCAGACAGUGGAGCCUUCACACACUCCCCCACACAGGACACAGCGAGUGAGAGCAACCAUUUCACCACAGCAUCCACCAUGAACGUCCCCAACCACUGGCCCAUCUUCAGAGGCUUCGCCCUCCAUGAACACCUGCUCACUAAAAACUUCCAGGGGGACCAGCAGUUCUUCACAGACCAUGGAGAUGUGGCAGGACAUCCUACAAUGCCUGACUCUGUUUCCGCUCUUGAGGUGGGAGACGCUUCGACUCGCCUCGUGCAACAUGAGGACACCCCUGCCUUCUCUGACAUAGCCACUACUGCCACGGUGGCUGCCACAACACCACUCACCACCUCUGCUCCUACAACCCCGGGGCUACUGGUGAGCAUGGCUCAGAAGGACAAGCCAGCCGAGGACGAGGCCAGGGAGGCAGAGAAGGUGACAGUGACCCCAGACUCCCUGACCACCACAGUAGUGGCAAACACUGCCCCUACAGUCAGUGGCCGCAGACCCAAUGUCCUCCCCUCCCCGAAUGGAAGCCUCCAUAGUCAGAGGGCAGUUGUCAUGGAGACCACCGUGGCACCCCCUGUGCUGACCACCUCAGUGAGGGUGGAGAAAGGGGAGUCAGAGGAAUCAGGGGUAAAGAACAGGACAGGCCCUGGCAUCCAGCUCACCAAACUGACCGCAGCAUCCACAGGAGAGGUGGAUGAGGGAACCACCACCACAACCAUCAUCACAACCACCACCAUUACCACCAUGCAGACACCAGGUCCCUGCACUGUGAAUUUCACUGACCCAGAGGGUCACAUUGAGAUUCCACAGCUGCAUUCCUCAGCUUCGUUGCCUGACCCUGAAGUGGACUGCACCUACGUGGUGACCGUCUACCUGGGAUACGGGAUUGAAGUACAGGUGCUGAACGUGAGCCUGUCAGAGGGGGAGGUGGUGACGGUAGAAGAUAUGGGGGGACGAGAGCUGUCCAUCCUGGCCAAUGAGACAAUCCUGAUGAGGGGUCUGGUGGUGCGCAGCUGGAGCAAUCAAAUCUCCAUCCUUUACCGCAGUGACCAGCAGCCUCGCUCUGGCUCCCUGCUGCUGCUGCGUUAUCAAGCCUUCGUGCUGAGCUGUGCCUUCCCUAAGGAGCCAGCCAACGGGGAGGUAUCAGUGACUCACCUCCAUGCUGGGGGAGAGGCCUACUUUCAGUGUCUGACCGGCUACCAGCUGCAAGGCCCCACCAUGCUCGCCUGUCGCAACGCCACUACACCUUACUGGAGUGGCAAGGAGCCAAAAUGCCUGGCUUCCUGUGGUGGGAUGAUAAAAAAUGCCACGUUGGGCCGUAUCGUCUCUCCUGGUUUCCCUGGCAACUACAGCAACAACUUGACUUGCCAUUGGGUCCUGGAGGCUCCUGAAGGCCAUCGGCUUCAUGUUCACUUUGAGAAAGUGGCUUUGGCUGAGGAUGAUGACAGACUCCUAAUAAAGAAUGGGAACAACAUUGACUCCCCUCUGGUGUAUGACUCCUAUGAGGUGGAGUACCUGCCCAAUGAGGGCGUGGUGAGCACAGGACGUCACCUCUUUGUAGAGUUCACCACAGACGGGACUGUCACUUCCACGGGAGCAGCCAUCAGAUAUGAAGCUUUUGCGAAGGGCACAUGCUAUGGGCCCUUUGUGAAAUAUGGCAACUUCACCAGCAGUAACACGGCUUGCGGUGUGGGUGCAGUGGUGGAGUUUGCCUGUGACCCGGGCUACACUCUGGAGCAGGGCUCAGUCAUCAUCGAGUGUGUGGAUGCAGAAAACCCCCAGUGGAACGAGACAGAGCCAGCCUGCAGGGCUGUGUGUAGUGGUGAGAUCACAGAUUCAGCCGGGGUGGUUCUCUCUCCAAACUGGCCAGAGGCCUACGACAAGGGCCAGGACUGCAUCUGGGGCAUCCACGUGGAAGAGGACAAGAGGAUCAUGCUAGACAUCCAAGUGCUCAAUGUGGGUAAGAAUGACCUGUUGACCUUUUACGACGGUGAUGACCUAACAGCUAACAUCUUGGGUCAGUACAGUGGCACCAGGUCUCGCUUCAAGCUCUACACCUCCAUGGCUGAUGUCACCAUCCAGUUCCAGUCGGACCCUGCUACCAACAUCUACGGCUAUGGCAACGGCUUCGUGGUCCACUUCUUUGAGGUCCCCAGGAACGACACAUGCUCUGAGCUGCCAGAGAUCACCAAUGGCUGGAAGAGCACCUCCCACCCGGACCUGAUCCAUGGGACAGUGGUCACCUACCAGUGUUACCCAGGUUACGAGGUGCAGGGCUCUGAGAUCCUCAUGUGCCAGUGGGACCUGACGUGGAGCGGAGAUGUGCCUAGCUGUGAGAAAGUGAUGAUGUGUCCUGACCCGGGGAAUGUGGAGCACAGCCGGAGGAUAGUGACGGGAUCCCGUUUCAUGGUGGGAUCAACGGUGCAGUAUGUGUGCAAUAAAGGCUACUCCCUGUCUGGAAGCACACUGCUCACCUGCUACAACAGAGACUCAGCCAACCCCAAGUGGAGCGAGAGGCUGCCCAAGUGUAACCCUGAGAAGUACGAGCCCUGCAGGAACCCUGGUGCCCCCUCCACCAGCGUGCAGAGCUUAGAGAAAGCCUUCUACCAGGCAGGGGAGACACUGAGCUUCUCCUGCCAUACCGGCUAUGAGCUGCAGGGGGAGCCCACCAUCCGCUGUGUCCCUGGACACCCGUCACAGUGGAGCGGCACACCACCCGCCUGUAGAGCAUCCUCUUUGCAGUAUUUGAAUGAGCGAAAGUUGGAUGUUGCUAGUCCUGAGUACGGUAUUGAGGGAACCAACAUUGUCAUCGCCGUUCUGAUUCCUGCCGCGGUUGUAUUGGUAGUCAUCCUGGGGAUUUACCGCUACUUUGCAAAACUUCAGGGGAAGACCAUCAGAAUGCCAACAUCAUCCCUGCCGCCGUAUGACAACAUGACAGAGGAAUCAGCCUUCAACAACCCAAUCUAUGAUACAGGAGUGUUCUGUGAUUAUUAAUUGACUGUCUGUCUGUCCCUCCUUGGCUGCCUGCAAAAGAACAAUGAGGAAAAAAGAGAUUAUGAGGUAACCAUUUAGAGACCUUACAGCGAGGGGAAUUCAACCGUUGCUUUUUGGGACCUCUCAACUUUUCUGCGAUGACUUCAGCUCCUAUUCCUCACUCUUCUUCCUCUUCAUUACUUCCUUUUUGUGGGCUUUUGUAAAUAUCCGUCUUUCCAGAGGACUUCUACCAGAGCUGCAAAGAUGGUGGUUCAACAUGGUGUUAUUUUUGUAGAGCUUCAACACAGACGGCCUUUCUUUAGAGUUUGUACAUUGUUUAUUUCAUAAGCCCAGGACUGGUUACAUUAUGGGGGGAUAGGGAUACAUUAAGUUUAAUUGGUUUUUAAGUUUUACAUGAGAUAUCUGAAGAAUGAAUGUACCGAUAAUGUGUUGGCAAAGAUUUUGAAAUAUACACUAUACAUGAAAAAUACAUUAUGACCCACAGUUGACUGAACAUUGUCCAAAUUUCAUAUUUACCUUAAGUGAAUAUUUUAUUUUCAAUUUUGCUACUAUAAUUCCACCAACCAUGUCUAUAACUAUAUGUUUUUUUCUAAAUCACUUUGUAAAUAAACUGCCUGUCUAAUAUGAGGGUGUCUGAGACUUGCCGAACCAAAUUAGUGUUUUGUUCAAGUUUUGACUCACAGUUUUGUUGAGAGACAUGUCCUGUGCUAAAACAACUAUAAAAUACAUCAGAGAAAUGUAUAGACCACAGUGUUAAGCUCCCCUUCAUGGCCGAUAUAGAGUAGGUAAAUACUACACGAUCUCCUUGGUUAAACUAAUGUCAAAUCCCAACAGCUUUCUCUUGAGAGUAUGCAUCAAUUUAAUGAAAAGGAGGCCAUCUAAAAUCCCAUCUUCUACAAAGUGCUGUUCUGUAAAGUAUACAAAUUUCAUGUACAUAAGAAUGCUCAUGGGCCACUGUCUACCACCCCUUGUCUGUGCUCUCAUUCGUUUCUGUCUCUCCACACAAGAAACUGACUGCUUGAAGUACUGAACUGCAACCACAACAUUUGUUGACGUCAAAGACCAUGUCGGAUAUUCAAACUAUGUGUACUUUUCUUCUCUUUGUAAAAUAAACAAUCCAUCCAGUCCAAUCUGAGUUUGCAAGUCACAACAGGUUUUAUGUUUACUGUUUAUCUUAAUUGUUGUCUCUAUAAAUGUUAAAUUGACCCACUUUGGUAUCAUUAUGUGUCUUUGGUCAUAAACUUGGAAUAUAUAAUGCAAACUAAUGAUUGCCCAGCAAUAGUACAUUCAGAGUAAGUUGUAAGGCGGGUGUAUAUUUUAUUACUCAAAAUCUGAAGAAAAAAAACUGCAUUAACUGUGAAAAAUUCCCCCGAGAGUUAGACUCUGUAAAAAGGAUUGCAAGAAAUGUACCACCUUUAUCUGACAGAACUGUCAUAUCCUGCUGAAAUGUGCAUUGAUUAUCCAAAACAAAUGUGAAAUGCACCUUAAAAUGAGUAAAUCAUAAAAUUUCCACAUGAAAAAAUAUUACAGUUUACUAUAGAAUACUACAUUACUUACUAUAGAAUACUGUAGAAUUCUAUACUACACACUGUAGUAUCCCUCUAACACGUGUAGUACUUACUAUAGAAUGUUGUAGUAUACUGUAGAAUAUCGUAAAUACUACAGCAUUAUUCACAAAAAAAGCACUCUAGGAAAUACUACAGUAAUGUCCACAAAAACACUACAGUCCGCAAAAUCACCACACUUAUUUAAAUAUAGUAAAUACUACAGUAUUUAAUUUCCAUAUUACCUGCCCAUUCCCCUCCCCAUAUCCCAAUUUGUGCCACUGAUAAGUGAGAAACAUACAUAACAAGUAUAGACCAUAUAUUGUGUUCCCUACAGAUUAUAGAAAAGAGCAGAGGAUCUGAACUAUCUGUUAAGACCUCAGUCCUACCUACCUACCUACAGGUUGUGGAAAAUGUGCUAUUUUGCAGAUUCACUCAAGGAGAAAGUUUCAGCUUCUAAGUGAAAGAUAAUAAAACAAAUACACUAUAAUAAAUACUACACUAUGUAAAUACUACAGUAUACAGUAUAAUACUACAGUAUUCACUAUAGUAUUUUGCUGAUUUGAGUCCGCAAAAACACUACAGUGAAUACUAUAGUAUUUACAUCAUAGUAUACUAUAGCAUUUUUUCAUGUGUUUUCUAAGAGUGUGGAAAAGAGAAGAUUAAAUGAAAUGCAACAUGAAAUAAAGUUAGCAAGAUAUCUAUUUA